UGGGAGCGGGGCCCGCGGGGGCCGCUCGGUGCCGGCCCAUGGGCCGCGCGCUCGGCGCUGCACAUGCCACAAACCCCCGCUUGCUGCCUCCCGCCUUGCUGGAAAGCCCCUCGUCAAAAAACGAGCGGAAACGACAAGCCGGCGUCUGGCGAGGGGGCUCGGCGGUGUUGCAGGGCCGGCGCCAGCCUGCCUGCGCUGGGAGACCGAUCCGGGCAGGGCUGCAGAGGAAGCCGCUCUCCAGCCCCCGGGGUUGCAGUAUCCUUUGGGGACCCCCUGUUUUUAGGAGGCUGUUUUAGUCUUUCUAGGAACGUGGGCUGUUCGGGGGUAUCAUUUUGGGGGUCACUUCCUGGCCCUCGUUGGCGUCGGUGCCUGGAUGCAGGGGGCUGAUGUGAAAGGCCUUUGGGAUUGGGGCUCGGACUCGGACUUAAAUACCGCCUCCUUGAAGACGACAAGACACGUGUCUCGAGUUCCUGCUGACCCGUGUCACGGCCAUCGCGAGCGGACGCGACGGCCCAGUCGACCAAAAGAAAGCUUGGGCUACCGGGCGAGGCGGGAAGUUCCCAUUCCUCGAGGUUGAGGAAAUGUUAGGCCGUCUAGUCUCACUUCUGGUAUGGACCAGAGCACCUGGCAUUCCCGUGAAGCACCGGGUGAAGGUCUCUCAGAACUGGAAGCACGGCCGCUGUCGCAGGGAGACGCUGCUGAAAUGGAAACGCAACUUGAUGCCCUGGAUGCAGCUGGAUGGCGAGUGUCUGUACCUGUCCCAGGCGGAGGACAUCGGGGCCUACCGGCUUCGCCCCGACAGGGCAGGCAUACAGCGCCACCCCCAUGCCAUCUUCUCCGGCCACCAGGAGGAUGUGUGCCGUUUUGUUCUUGCCGACUCGCACAUUGUCAGCGGAGGCGGGGAUGGCAAUAUCAUCCUCCAUGAGAUGCACGGCUCCUACAGCGUCAAGUUCUCGGCACAUGAGCAGGAGGUGAACUGCGUGGAUUUCCGAGGGGGCAUCAUCGUGAGCGGGUCACGGGACAGGACAGCCAAGGUUUGGUCCCUGUCGCCAAGCAGAGCUGGCCAGUGCUUGCACACGAUACAGACAGAGGACCGGGUCUGGUCCAUCGCCAUUAGUCCGUUGUUAAGCUCGUUCGUGACCGGGACCGCUUGCUGCGGACACACCUCACCUCUGCGCAUCUGGGACUUGGAGAGCGGGCAGCUCGAGACCUGCCUAGGAACCGACUUCCACCGUGGUGCUGGCGUCCUGGAUGUCCUCUACGAGACGCCCUUCUCCCUGCUUUCCUGCGGCUACGACACCUACAUCCGCUACUGGGACCUGCGGGCCAGCACGCGGAAAUGUGUCCUGGAGUGGGAGGAACCCCACGACAGUGCCCUGUACUGUGUCCGGAGUGACGGGAACCACAUGCUGGCCAGCGGCUCCUCCUAUUACGGCGUCGUGCGGGUCUGGGACAAGCGGCAGAGCCGGUGCCUGCAGAGCUUCUCCCUGUCGUCGCCCACCAGCAGCCCCGUGUACUGCCUGUGCUUCAACACCACCCACCUCUACGCCGCCCUGGCCUCCGCACUGCACGUCCUCGACUUCACGGCCCCCUGAUGCCCACCCAGCACAGCAGGACACUCAGCUCAGGGACUGCUGGGUGGGGACAGAGGCACGUGGCCCUGGACACGUCUCAUGGGGAUGUUGGCUGCUGGAGGGAGUGUGGAGGGGGGCCGGCAGCCUCUCCUCCACCUGCCUUAGACAUCAAUAAAGACCAAGGGGCCUUUGCUCCUUUCAGUCUGUGCCA